CCGAUGACAGUGGUAGAGGAGGUGGGAUUUCCUCUCCUCCUCAACAUCAUCCCUCUCCUCCCAGGGAUGUAUCGGCGUGCAGUGCACCUGUUUUGUGUUGUAUUUUUGGCAUCGGCCGCUGAAAUGCGCAGCUUUAACCAGUGUCAUCAAGAGCCAUAGGACAAGGUUUAAACGAAGGGCUCGGAGAUACUCGUGAGACCUCGACACAGUGAUUCAUGUGGAGGAUGUGUUGAUUUUUUUCUUCGGUGUGCAGCAGUGAGACAGCAUCUUUGCUUGGUGACACAUUAGUGCUAGUAGAAAAGAACCCGUAUAGGACACCAUGUCAGACAAAAGUGACCUAAAAGCAGAGCUUGAGCGCAAGAAGCAGCGCCUCGCCCAAAUCAGGGAGGAAAAAAAGAGGAAGGAGGAAGAGAGGAAGAAGAAAGAGGUAAGGAAAAAAACAGAGAGUCAGCAGAAGACAGAGGUGACUCCAGAGGAUUCAGACUUGGAUCGUAAGCGCAGGGAGACUGAGGCCCUGCUACAGAGUAUCGGCAUCUCACCAGAGCCUCCACUAGUCCCAACCCCUGUGUCCCCCUCCAAAUCAGUGAGCACACCUAGUGAGACGGGGAGCCAGGACUCUGCUGAUGGAGGAGCAGGAGGCAGGUUAGGUUUCUCUAAAAACAAGUCCCAAGCACAGAGCGCAAGGACGCUGCAGUGGGACACAGACCCAUCUGUGCUGCAGCUGCAGGCUGAUUCUGAGCUCGGGAGGAGGAUGCAGAGGCUGGGGGCAUCUAAGAUCACACAGGUAGACUUCCUUCCCAAAGAGGUGGUCUCUUACAGUAAAGAGACACAGACGCCACUCACCGCCCACUUGUCUGAAGUUGAGGAGGAAGAGGAAGAUGAGGAGAUAAUGGAGGCGAAGCCAGGUCCAGACUCAGAGCAGCAGGAUGAAGAUGACAACAGGGAAACCAAAAAAGGUACAAAGGGCUCAUUUCCAGUGCUGAGAGAGCUGACGGAGGAGGAGAGGCAGCAGAUCCUGCACUCUUCUGAAUUUCAGAGUUUCUUUGACUGCAGCAUCCGUGUGAUGGAGAGAGCUUUGGCUGAGGACAGCAACAUCUUUUUCGACUACAGUGGCCGAGACCUGGAAGACAAAGAGGGAGACCUAGGAAGUGGCUCCAGCCUGUCCUUCAGUAGGCUUUUCUAUGACGAACACUGGUCGAAACAUCGUGUUGUCACCUGUCUGGACUGGUCCCCUCAGUACCCUGAGUUGCUGGUUGCCUCCUAUAACAAUAAUGAAGAUGCUCCUCAUGAACCAGAUGGCGUUGCCCUGGUGUGGAACAUCAAGUUUAAGAAGGCCACGCCAGAGUACAUCUUUCACUGUCAGUCUCCAGUUGUGUCUGUCGGCUUCGCAAGGUUUCAUCCCAACCUGGUGGUAGGAGGGACCUACUCAGGGCAGAUUGUGCUGUGGGACAACCGAAGUCACCGUCGGACCCCUGUCCAGAGGACUCCACUGUCUGCUGCUGCACACACUCACCCGGUGUACUGCGUGAAUGUGGUCGGCACCCAGAACGCCAACAACCUGAUCACUGUGUCUACAGACGGCAGGAUGUGUUCCUGGAGUCUGGACAUGCUCUCCCAGCCGCAGGAGACUAUGGAACUGGUGUACAAUAAAUCCAAACCGGUGGCGGUGACAGGCAUGGCUUUCCCCACGGGAGAUGUUAACAACUAUGUGGUGGGGAGUGAGGAGGGCACUGUGUACACUGCAUCCAGACAUGGCAGUAAGGCGGGUAUCUGUGAGAUGUUUGAGGGCCACCAGGGGCCAGUGACAGGCAUCAGCUGUCACAGCGCUGUGGGAGCCGUUGACUUUUCCCACCUCUUCAUCACAUCCUCUUUUGACUGGACCAUCAAACUGUGGAGCACCAAGCACAACAAGCCUAUGUACUCCUUUGAAGACAACGCAGACUAUGUAUAUGAUGUCAUGUGGUCACCUGUGCACCCUGCUAUGUUUGCCGCCGUGGAUGGCAUGGCCCGCUUAGACCUGUGGAACCUCAACAACGAUACUGAGGUACCAACUGCUAGUGUGAACAUCCAGGGAGCAUCGGCCCUCAACAGGGUCCGCUGGUCUUCUGGAGGGAAGGAGGUGGCUGUGGGCGACUCAGAGGGCCGAGUCUGGAUCUACGACACUGGAGAGCUGUCAGUGGCACACGCUGAUGACUGGGCACGCUUCGCCCGCACCCUGAUGGAGAUUCGUGCUAACCGGGCCGAUGGCGAGGAGGAGGGGCCUAUGGAGCUGGCUUCAUAGAACAGGACUCCAAACCAGAAUGGAGUGAGUCAGAGACCUGGUGUGCUUUUGUUGGUAUCACUGUAGCAUGUGCUUCUACGUUUCAUUUCUCCACCUUUGUUCCUCUCUCAUCCAAGCAAGGCAGCGCUUUUACUGUAUUUCUGCAUUUGCUCUCCUGUAAAUGCAACUGGUCUAUUAAUGGGUGAACCUGCUGACGUCUACUGAAUCAGUCCACCCUUAAUUAUUUGUUUAAUGACUUAAGGUGGUGUGUUGCUUGCGACUCGUGAGCCUACAACAUAUACGAAGUGGCAGUUUUAUAGCCUUAUGUAGAUGUGUGUAUUGUAACAAUGCUUUGCACUACUGUAAAAAUAAAGCAGGGUCACGUCUAGUCACGUAUUGUUUACUAAAUGUCAUGUUCACUUUAUGUUACAGUUCUUUGUUCUGUAUUAUGUCUGCAUGCGACACAUUCCUGAAUUAUUCCAGAUGCUUAAACAUGGACUUAAUAUGGUGAUGUUUUCACACAUGGGGCUUUGUGGUUGUCAGUGUUAAAAGCUGAAUCUGAAUCAGAAACUCAAGUGUUUAUGACACUGUGUCUUUUGUUCUGAACAGCUAUAACUGUAUUCUACUACUAAGAGGUAUACUGUACUGCAGAGUGCUCGCUGUUAAGCCUGCUAUGUUUACCAUUAAAAGCAUAGCUGAUAAACAGACAUCUUGCUUUUUCCUCUGUUCACUCAAAUAAUGGGAAUGAAAACUCCAGCAAACGUUUCAGUUUACUGGUUUCUCUCAGUGCACAUGUUGCUGCCAUACGCACAAUAAGGCACAAUUAUUACACACCACAUGCAACUCCUACCUCCUCUGUAGUGUAGACAUUUAAACAGAACUACAGUCACUGCCAGCUCUCGCCUUUAGAUAUUUACAUCUGCACAAAUUUAGACCUGACAACAAAGAGCAACACAAGACUGAAAUAGCCAUAUACACUAGCUUUGUAUCUCUGGAUUUCUCAUGCAUACAGGUGCCACACUGAUGAUCAAUCAACCCUUUUCAGGCACCUUUAUGGUAUGAGGAAUGUUUAUUGAUUAUAAAGUGGCAAAA